GAUUGGCUCAGCCGUUCAAAAAAUCACUAAUUAAAUGCCAUAUUUAAGUUAAUUAUGAACAAAACAAAGUCUUUUUAGAUGCAGCUUAUGCCUUCGUUAGGUUUCCACUUUGAGGCUAACGAAAGCAUUCAUUUGUUUAAUUCAAGUGCCAUUUCCCUAUAAAAUGGUCGUAAAAGUUAAUGUGCAUUCAAAGCAAUAGUCAGCAGUCUGUCUGGUUGUCAAUAAGUACAUAACAUGUAUUUUUUAAGAAAAUUCCCUCUGUUCUUCCAACACGUAAUGGCGACCAUUCGUCUAGGAUACAAAAUGUAUGAUGAAAAAUGCAAUGACAUCAAUGACAUUGUUGAACAUUGCACUUGCAGUAGACCUAGUGUAGGACCUUAUCUGUGGAUGUCAUUUAAUGAAUAGUAGAUCGACUUUUCUGUGUUUAUAUUGUUUAAUUUGUACUGUUUUGUACUAAUUACUGUAGUGAAUCACAGCUGUGUUUCGAGAGUGCUACUUCAGUGCUUCAAGGAUUUAUUGACCGCACUUGAGGAAAAAAGCAGAUUAUUUAAGCCAGGUUUUCUCUAGAGACGCAACCACUAAAGCGAAGUCGACACAAGCGCAAAAAAAAAAAGACGAAAAAGUUAUUCGGAGUGAAAACGAGACUUAAAUCAGUCUAGCAACUGGAUUGUGAUGCUUUGAUCUCACCUGCCAUGUAUUUUAUUUUUAUCUCGCCUUUUGACACUUGCGGACAUUGUGUUUUCUUUCGUUCAAGGAAAAAGCGCAAAAGGAAGCGCUUGCAAUUGCGCGUAUAGUUCGUCUUUUACUACGUAAAUACGUUUGUUCUGCUCUUAGUCUUGCGUCUCUUGCAGAAAUCAGGCUUAAGCACAGGGCAAUCAAACAAACCGAAUUCACACGUAUGAUAGCUCAACAACAAAAAAAGCAGUGGCAUUAGAGUCUACCAGCAGUUGUCAAACUAACACUCUAUUAAUCUGUAUGCAACGAAUUAACAAAACGUUGUCUGGUAAAAAGUGUUUACAUCAGAUCAACCAAGAUACGACCGAAAUGGAAGAUGGGAAUACAAAUGAUUUACCUUUGUCUGGUUGUCGCUCUGUCUAGCUGAUGGUGUAUAUGACAGUGUUUCCUGUCGACUCUCGAUUAUUGUCUGCACUGGCCAAACAUGGUCUUUUUAACGAGGAAUGCCUAAUUUUUGUGGAAAAAAACAAUUCGUAUUUCGUAGUAUCCAGAAACCUCUUCGGUCUGAUCUUAGCUUUGAUGGUGCCAUCUUGUUGAGCCCAACAGCAUUUUUUGAUAGGUGUACAUUAAUCCGCAAGUCCCUCGUGUUGAAAUAAGUAGAAUAAGAACACGGUUGACCGCUUUAGCUUAGUUUAUUAACCUUCAACUUUUUUAACACUUGCACUUGAGAAUGAACUGAGGCGAAUUAUAAUUUUGAUCAACAAGAUGAUGCAAUAUCCGGGCUUUGAUAUUGCCCUUUAUCAAUAAUAGCUAGUUUCGAGUGCUUUCAUUGUAUUGUAACUCUUAACGAAUUCACUAGCAAAAACCUUGGUUGACUGCUCUUUUAAUUGGCCUGUAUGUGGCUUCUUCAGAAAAUUAUUGGAUCCAUCGAAAGUAGUAAAUGGGAACUAAGUCAUGUAUGAUAGGCUAGUAAUAUAUCCAUUGCGCAUGCUCUUAGAUGAUCUUUGUGUAACCUAUCCCACAUGCCUCAGUGCUCAUUUAGUGCACUGUGCUCAAAUCAAAGACGAAAUAAAAAAAACGACUGGAAAGUGCAAAUGAAUGGAUGAUUGAACACCGUGAAGGAGCCUGGGAAGAAACGGGAAACGAACGAGUGUUUAACUGAAUAUUAAUGAAUGAGGCCUAAGGACAUGUUCACUGAUACUUUGUUCACAUUCUGCUAAAGUUGUUUUUAACCACUGAAGAGUGACAACAUUCCGUCAGCUCACUUUGGCGUGCAAUCACGCAAAUAGUGGACGAGUUGAAUUUGACAGCUUUGGAUAAAAACACCAGCCUGGUAAUAUGUACCGAAAUACAUGGAAAUAGGUCAACAUGGAUUUUGGUAAAUUCCACUAACAUUAUCCGCUGUCUCUUUCCCAGAAGAACUUGACCAAGUUAAGGAAAAAGCAGUUGUGUUCAUUGCUGGUGCGAUAUCCUUACAGACAACUGCUCUUGCCCUCAACCUAAUGUCUACCCACUCUACAAAGUCAUCAUCAAUGAAUGCCAACCUUGUGCCAUGAACUUAAAUACGACUUGUGUUCCCAUUGUCAUUGGCUGCGCAUUCCGGUCAUGUAUUUGACGUAGAGCAUUUUCAUUGGGUAACGUGUUUACUUAAGAGUCAAAAUUACAGUUAUGUAAAGAGUGGUGAUGGAGAUUCAGUAUACCUACGUGGAACCCAAAACUAUGAUUGUUCGGUCUCCGAAUUUUCAGGAUCACAGUUUCGAUAAAGUCAACAACUGGCCACCAACUGGACACAGAGUGGUGAACUAUUCACCAUCCUUACCUGAACCAAAUAGAUGGACGAGAUCAUCGACAGGAGGAUUAGCUGGAAUAAAUUCUCCCUUCUCGGAAACUUUGAGUAAAUACUCUGUAUACCCCCAAGAGAUCGCAUCUAGAAAUAUUGCACUUAAAGAUGAGACUCCUAAAAAGACGACGAACUUUCACCAAACUGUCAAGGGUAGGCCAACAAUAUUUCCAGGACAACCAAAGGCCAUAAUUAAACGCGGCUACUACAAGGAGUUCGUGGCUGCAAGUUUAUUCAGGAAAAGCAUACCUGAAGAAAUGCAUAGGGCUCAGCCAGAGCAUACAAAGAACGCUGAUGCAGACAGCCACAGAAGAAUGACAAACGGCUAUUGUCAUACUGCUCAAGAAGAAAAACCAGUUCAAAAAAGAAGCAGAAGUCUAAGAGCAUGUGAAGACGACAGCAGGCCAGUCUCAGCAUUUUCCAUUGUCAAACGAAAGGGAAAUAAUUUACACAGCUCAAUACAAGAGCGUUUAAAGGCCCUCCCUCCACCUCCUCCGUUAGUCAAAGUUGUCAAACGGAGUCAGCAUGAGAUGCGGAGAACGCCAAAUCCAAAGGAUGGUCGGUUCAAUUCGAAGCCUCAUCGUAUCCCUGAGGUUUCCCAAACUAAAACAAGACAACAGGGCAGCGAAAGGAUACCGAGACCCUGGAGUUCUGAACCACUACGUCAUGCUUUCCGGGAGUAUUCGACUCCAGGAGAAGCAAACGUUAUUCGAAGAGACCGCAGAAGUGAGCCAGCUCAAAACAGAAAGAUCCAAGAUAUGCCAGAACGUGAGGGUCUCCACCAAAGAAAAAUAAUUGUGCCAAUUAAUUCACAAAGGUCAACUGUUCUAAUACCUUGUAACUCAGGCUCACAAGAGAAAAGUGGACGCUGCCCCGUCCAUUCAGACGCAAACAUUUCUGCAAGAGAAAUACAUAGAUAUUCAAAAAACAAUCGAAAGGCUGAAGGCUAUGCGGAAUCUUUAGAAAACAAAAGCCCAACAAGACAACAAAAUAUUCGUCCUACCCAAGGAUCAAUAGACACAUCGGAAAAACAGCACAAGAUUGGCUGGGGCAUUCAGGGCACACCAUUAACAGAGGAACGGCGGGCUACACCAUGGCCAGAAGAAACCCACAGCAUCACGAGAUCACCGGUUGACAUUCACAAAACUACAUCGACGUCUCAAGAAAGUCGGUUCACGUUAGUGUCUAAUGAAGUACUUAGCAAACCUUCAAUUCAAAACCAAAUGUCUAAAAAGCUAAAGAGCCAACAUACGGCUCACAAUGAUGUGAUUGUUAUCAGAGAUUCCCCUCCGCCUUCUAAAUGGCAUGACAGAACAUCACAAUGGUGUCCAAAUUCAAGGACUGCUUGGCGGUCGUAUUCGUUUGAGUCUAAUAAGACCUUUUGUCAGCAUGGCUUAAACAAUUUACAGAACCAAGAAGAAAUGAGCAAAGAAAAACCUGCGGAUAAACGACUAUGGAAAAAGUGUCGUUGUCAAUGCGCCAUUUGCCGUGAGAUGUCUGAAAAAUUGCAAACUGAACAGUUACCAUCGCCAAAAUCACGGACAUCUUCGUCAUCCUGCUUAUCGGCACCGUCCAUUCUGAAGGCACCGUGCUCCACUCCAUGUAAUACUGUUAUGGCAGCUCCUGAAUACUGCAACAAGAAACUUCACCGGUCGUAUUCCACUCAUGACAUCUAUUCUGUGCGAUCAUAUCAAUGCAAUGACAAUCCAUUUGAACGGUGUUUUACAUUAGUAAAUAAUCAUCAAUUCAAGGAUCCAUCACAAGAUACUGGAAAAACUCAAACAGGCUGUAUGCCUGAAGCACAGCUACCAGAAACCCUCACGCAUAAGCAAAGUGAAGUGAACUCAUUCUUAGGACCAAUUCGGCCAGAAAUGCCCUCACCGAACAGAGAAAAAGAACCUCAGCAUGACAAAAACAAAAACGAAAUCUUUCCUCUUAAAACACCUCAGAGACGAGCAACAACAUCACAGGAACGGCAAAUACUAGUUGAUAAAACACAAGAAAAAACCUUAAAGAGAGCGUUCAGUGAAGGUGAUGCAAGUACCGACAAGGAAUUGUGUGACGAAACGCUUCUAAAAUUGCCAGUCGACGAAGAAAAAGAUAAGUCCAAUUCAUACGGUGGAUUUGCCUAUGACCACGAAUCACUACCCAUUAUCGUCGCAGUUCAUUCCAUAGGUGCUGAAAAUCAUCAAUCAGCAAAUGAUGCUAUAGUUGACAAAAAAAGACCUAUCAACAUUGUCGAAAAAACAAGCUCGGACGUUCAGUUGCAAACUAACUUGGAGGUACCAAAGCAAUGCAUAGUGCUACCGCAAACACAAAAGGUAGAACCAGUUUCAACCUCUCCAUCUACAACACGUACGAGUGCCCCAACUUCUAAUGUUGAAACAAAAGACGCAGUCAUUCAGGAGACUUCAAAACAACAUGAAGGGUCAUUAACUGAUUUGAAAUCAACAAAAAUGGCGUUGGAAACUUCAGAGCCAGUCUCAAACCAAAUCCAUUUCUCCACCAAUAAUCUUCCAAAGAACCAAACAUUGACAAAUGGUUUUGUAAAAGCGAACAAUAAGGCCGAGGGUCAGACCAAGAAUAACAUCCAGUGCGUAAAACCCCAGAGGAAGGAAGUUUCUGUGGAAAGUUUGUCGAAAAAAAUACUUGAAACGAGGCAAAGAAUAGAGGACGAGAACAUUGACUGGAAGAAAAAGCUUCUUGGUAGGUUAGAAUACGUGCUUACCAAAAGAUUGCGAAAGAUGGAACGCCUGACUGGGGUUAAAUCUACACUUGAAUUCCCAACAGAGAAGGAAAAGCCAAAAACUUUAAGCAAAACGUUGACAACAGAAAAAACUCAAGAAGAAAAAACCGUUGCUGUAAAGGACGUUGUGAAAAAAGAUCGAAAGAAUACUAAACAAAUUCUCAAGAGAAAGAAAUAUAAGCUGAAAAAAUUAACGGUUACCUCAAAGGGUGACGAUCCAUCGAGUGAUUACGAACUAACAAUUGAGGAGACACAGGAAUCCCAAGAAACAAACUCUGAAGUAAUUGAUUUCUUGAUAAACUGAAAGCUGGUAAUUCCAUGCAGCCAUUGUACAUAUUAAUUUCACCCAGCCUAGUUCCCAGGCUUUCCUGUUCCCAGUUAAUUGAUGUGACGUUUCAGAGAGCGACUCAAAAUGUUACUCACCCGAAGACCAUCUCGUGGUCAUAAAAGAAAAAGCCUGUGUUCUAGGCUGAUUUAAGCUUAAAAUGUUUCUACAUUGUUCACUUUUCUUAUUAUAAAUCGUAUAAAAUUCUAUAUACGAAAGCCGGUGUAAAACAAGUUAUUCAAUUUUGUAUUUAACGCGGCUUUUUUGUAUGAAUUUGCUAUAUAUGUCAAUAGCCAACUUGCCAAAAAAAUUCACUUCGGCAGUAAAACACAAAGGAAUCAAUACGAGGCUCCGUACAUGAUUCUCGUUCAUUCGUGAAAAGACUAUAUGAUCACUUUUGUGCUUGACUACUGAGGCGAAAUUCCCAAGUCAUACUAGUCUACGUAACAUCCCGAAUACUAAUUUAGAGCGCAUGGUCAAAAACGAUGUCGGCAGUGAAGUUGCAGGCUCACUUGACUAGCCGCAGUGUUUUGUCCAAAUUCAAAUUUUUCCAUACUUAUUGAUAGUUUUGCAAUGUAUUCAAGUGUAGAUAAAGCAUAAAAUACAAUUAUUACGAAAAUAUAUUUAUAAAAUAACAAUCAUUUGAUUAGCGUUGCGCACGCAUAAUGUUCUGUUACGUGACAGUGUCUUCAGUGACUUAUUGUCACGCCUGCCAUACGUGACAUUGCUGCGUGAGUAACGAUCGAUAAGCUUCUUACACUUUGAUUACAUAUGUAGAAAAUUUCAUAAUAUUUAUGAUGCAGUCACUGAACAUUUGUCGACAUCAAGCCAUUUAUUCAAAACUCAGUGACUAUAUUGCGUGACAUGUACGCCAAAUAAGGAUUUGUAGAUAAUACACCGAUUGUGCAGAAAUAGGUUCAAUUUUCUCAUAAAAUACUAAAAAAUGCAGGCCAAUUUGAAUAAGGCUUUUUUAAGAAGAGAAAAAUGCAACACAUAAAUUGAUAAUUAAUUAGAAGACAAAAGAAAGUCUGAGCCAAUAUUGUCUUUUGAUUAAUUUUUAUUUUUUAUUUAUUAAACGGAAAACGUUUUGGCAUUUAGGCAUUUAUAUUGAUAUUUAGAUGAUAAAAAAGCACUGAAUGUGAUUCAUCAAUUUGUACUAAAUAUUUGACCAAUAAAACGAAUAACUAGUA